CACAGAUCAAAUAACAUCAUCAGGGAAAACUCCCCCCUUUUUCUUCAAUCUUUCCAAAAGAAGCACUCGCCAUUGUACCAAAGAUCAAACUUACAGAGACAGGGGUCUAAUGAUUCCAUUGAAGUGGAGAAACAUGAUGUCGUCCCGGAGAGGGAAAAAAUUGAACAUUUGCUUCUUGAAUCAAGCUAUAAUAUGUGGCAACAUAAAAAAAGCUUAUCCAGGAAGAGAUGGAAACCCUGAAAAAUUUGCAGUGAAAGGGUUGCCACUUGCUUUGCCUCGGGGAAUGCUUUGGUAUGCUUGGGCCCAACGGUGCUGGGAAAACUUCUCUUAUAAAUAUGUUUCAGGUAGGGAGUAGAGCUUGCUACCAGUGCCCGUUGCCUCGGGAAGAUCUAGGAAGGAAGACGUGGUUCGUGCUUCCUCCGUCUCUAUGUUAAAAACAUUUCAAUUAAUGCUCAUGGAUAUUUUUGAAUGAUUAUUGGGGCUUGUAUGCCCAUGUUUGCCGGAGUGUGGCAUAAACACUUGUAUUAAACGUUUCCGCUGACUUCAAUUGAUUAUUUUACAUUAUGUUUGUU